AAAAAUCCCCGUGGUUGGGAGCUUGCACUAUAUAAAGUUCAGAGGAUGUUAAGCAGCACUGCGUUGAAACAGCGAUUUUGAGAGCAAGACGAAAUGUUUGCGCAGAGUCUCAAAAAGGGUGUGCUGUCAGCCGUUCUUCUUCUCCUGGCAGCGUCGGGACAGUCGGCACAAACCACAACAAAUCUGACUCAGCUUGAAAACAUCACCAUCGCGGAUCCUCAACUCAUGAGUUCACACAGGCCGUGUGGAAGCCAAGACCAGCACUUCUGUUUAAAUGGCGGCACAUGCGUCUAUCCCCAGGACAACACAGAACCCUUUUGCAUCUGCACAUCCGGCUUCAGCGGGAAUCGCUGCCACUAUGAUGGCGAGGUUGACUCCAUGUUCUGUCGAAGUAGCCAUUUUAUGGAGCACCUCAUCGCCAUCAGCUGCGGGGCGGCCAUAUUCAUCUUCAUCCUGGUCUUCAUCAUUUCCUGCAUCGUCCGCAAGAGGUGUAUAAAAUCAGCAAAGCAAAUCAAAUCUGUACCAUGUGAGGUGACUGUGUGACACUCUCCACACUUCCCGAAUCUUCAUGCUCAUCCUCCCUGCCACAUUUAAGAGGAGACAACAAAUGUUCUUUUCAUUUGCACAACGCUAACCACCUGUGACGUUUUCCACCAAGCACAAAACAGCCAAGAGUAACAAAACCCUGUGCAAUUAUCCUGUAGACUACAUGAAAAAUGUGACUAUUUAUUGUUAUAACUUAUUUUGUGUUCAAUUUAUUUGUUUGUUUAAUAAAUGAAUAAAAUUUUAAAUGUGUGUAUUUUGUUUAACAAAAUAAUUGACUUUUUUUUUUUUUUAAUCGAUGAAAAUUACAUUUCACAAUCUGCAAUAUAAUGAAGGGGCCACAUAUGGGGGAGUAUUUUGUAGCCUUGUAUAUGCCGCAGGCAUUUCAUCUUGAUUUAUGUUGAGCAUUGUAUAAAUCAACAAAUAUGAUGACACAUCAGUCACAACAAUAUUGCCAAUGUCCCAUUCGAUAUAAAUGAAAUCACAGUUGACCAAAGGGGGAGAAAAUAAAUGUAUGCAAUAUUUUCAUAUUGAACAAUGACAGGAUUUGCCCACCAAGGGAAUCUCUUUAAUAGAAUGUAGAGCAUUUGCAUUUUGCAGGUGUUUUUGCACCUCCCUUUUUUCAUGUGUUCAAUACUUUUUCCCUGUGUCAUUUCACAUUAUUACAGCUUAAUUUCUGAUCUUAUUCUACUUUCUUUGUAUGUAGGGAGUACUUGGAUUGUUCCCAACAUCUGGUGAACAUUUCAUGUCAAUAGCACCUUUGGAAAUAUAAUUAAUGAGAAAAAUAGUGACCUGUUAAAUACUUAUUUCAGCCGCUGUGUGUGUGUAUAUAGUUUUUUAAAUAUAUUUUAUACGUAUAGUUUUGUUUGUUUAUCAUGAAGUACUUCCCUGUGUGUAGUAAAUGAAUUUCACUUUUUAAAUUGAACUACUGUAAUA